UGGCAACUUAUACGGGUCUCAUACCCAUCUUUCUCGAUGCGAUUUCUACCACAUUACGUGGUAGUCCCUUUGUAAAAGGAUCUACCAAAUUUUUAUUUGUUGAAAAAUAAGUCACACUUAUAUCUCCGGAGUUUCUCAACUUUCUGACAGACUUCAAUCGUCUUUUGACAUGUCUUGAUGACUUCCCAUUAUCAUUAGAACUCAUCACUUUAGCAAUCACUGUCUGAUUGUCACAGUUCAUAAGGAUAGCUGGUAUUGGUUUCUCAACCACCGGAAAGUCCAUCAAGAGUUCACGCAACCAUUCUGCCUCAACGGUUGCUGUGUCAAGUGUAGCUAGCUCGGCUUCCAUGGUUGACCUCGUCAAGAUGGUCUGCUUGCAUGACCUCCAUGAUACCGCACCUCCACCAAUAGUAAAGACAUAACCACUGGUAGCAUAAAGCUCAUCUGCAUCAGAUAUCUAGUUCGAAUCACUAUAUCCUUCAAGUACUGCAUGCUGACCAGAAUAGUGAAUUCCAUAGCUCAUUGUACCUUGCAAGUAGUGCAUAACCCGGUCAAGUGCAUGCCAAUGAUCAGUCCUAGGGUUUGACAUGAACCUACUCAAUUUGCUCACAGCAAACGAAAUAUCGGACCUUGUUGCACCAGCAAGAUACAUGAGUGAACCAAUGAUCUGAGAAUAUCUCCAUUGGUCUAAACCAAUUCUCUUGUUCUUUCGCAGUGUCACACUGGGAUCAUAAGGUGUUGGAGAAGGUUUGCAAUCAGAGAAGCCAAAUCGCUUCAAAACCUUUUCAACAUAGUGAGAUUGCGAGAGAGUAAUCCCACCAUCUGCCUUAAUCAGCUUGAUGUUUAGAAUCACAUCAGCUUCCCCCAGAUCUUUCAUAUCAAAACUCUUUGAUAGAAAAUACUUGACUUCAUUGAUCACAUCAAUGUUUGUGCCAAAUAUCAAUAUAUCAUCAACAUAUAAGCACAAUAUAAUACCUUCACCCCCACCACAGCGAUAAUAUACACACCUGUCUGCCUCAUUAAUGGCAAAGCCUGUAGACGUUAGAAUCGUGUCAAACUUCUCAUGCCAUUGCUUUGGUGCUUGCUUCAGACCAUACAAAGAUUUCAAUAACUUGCACACCUUGCUUUCUUGACCCUUUACUACAAAUCCAUCAAGCUAUUCCAUAUAGAUUUCCUCGUACAGCUCUCCAUUAAGAAAAGUUGUCUUUACAUCCAUCUGAUGGACAAGAAGACCAUACGAGGCAGCAAAGGAAAGUAGUACUCGAAUAGUAGUCAUUCUAGCAACAAGUGAGUAAGUAUCAAAGAAGUCUUCUCCUUCUUUCUGAGUAUAGCCUUUAACCACAAGCCUAGCCUUGUACUUCUCAAUUGUACCAUCAGGCUUGAGCUUCUUUUUAAACACCCACUUACAACCCACAUGUUUACAUCCAUAGGGUCGAUCAGUGACUUCCCACGUACCAUUUGAAAGAAUGGAGUCCAUCUCAUUAUGAACUGCUUCUUUCCAAUCAUCUAUAUCUAGAGAUGCAAAUGCUUCUGCAAUGGUAGUAGGAGUAUCGUCCACAAGGUACACAAUGAAAUCAUCACCAAAGGAUUUUUCAACCCUUUGUCUCUUGUUCCUUUUAGGAGCAUCAUUGUCAUCCUCUUCUAGGACAAUUUCAUGUGGCUGUUCAGAACUCUCAACAGGUGUAUUAUGUUCAGGAGUUAUCUCAGAAGAGUAUCUAGAAUUGCUAUGAAUGUCUUUCAUUGGAAAUAUGUGUUCAAAGAAAGUAGCAUCACGUUAUUCCAUAAUAAGUAUCAACAUACACAUCAGGAAUUUAAGAUUUAACUACUAAAAGUCUAUAUGCUAUGCUACACGAAGCAUAUCCAAGAAAGACACAAUCCACUGUCCUUGGUCCAAGAUUGCACUUUUUAUUAAUUGGUAUAUUAACUUUCGCCAUGCACCCCCACGUGCGCAAGUAUGAAAGUGAUGGUUUUCUCCCAACCCACUUCUCAUAAGGGGUUUUAUCUUCUUUGCCCAUAGGAAUUCUAUUCAAAACAUGACAAAAAGUCAGGACUGCCUCCCCCACCAUGCCUUAGAUAAACCACAAGUGUCUAACAUGGCAUUCACCAGGUCAGUCAACGUACGGUUUUUUCUUUCAGCAAUCCCGUUUUAUUCGGGUGAAUAGGGAGGCGUCCUCUCAUGAAUAAUGUCAUGUUCUGCACAGAAAUCAUCAAAGCCUUUGGGAAAGAAUUUGCCACCACGAUCUGAUCUAAGACGUUUGAUCUUUCUCUCUAGUUGAUUUUCAUCUUCAGCCUUAUAGAUUUUAAAGUAGUCUAAAGCCUCAUCUUUAGUUUUUAGCAAGUAUACAUAGCAAAAUCUAGACGCCGUUGUUGUUGCUGCUGAUUUUGGAGACAUCGUUUUCAACCAGUUUUUGGACAAAGUUUGUCGGUUGAGACAGGUGGUUGUAGAUGGUGUACCACAUGGUGUUGAAGUGACGUUAGGCAUGGCACUUGCAGCAUUCCGAGCAGCACGUGGUGUUGCAGUUAAGCAUGAAGCGAAACUGUUUCUGGACUGGCAUUUGGCAAAUCUGGUGUAUGCUGUUGCUGCCUCCCUUACUGAUCUCUCCAUGGCCUUAUGGGAUCUGUAUGAUCCAUACGAAGUGAGCAGAGACCACUGCUAUGUUCCUGAGGGCAGUUCUCAUUUUGUUCGUGCAUUUACUAAUGGAAUCUUGAUAGUCUACGAGCAGAACGUACCAAGGAAACAAUAUGGAGGUGAUGAGUUGAGGGUGCACGGUGAUAAGAUGGCAUUCCAUGAUGAUAUGGUCCUAUGUACGGUCCCUCUUGGCAUGCUUCUUCUUUGGAUAACUAGACCUUGGGAUUCAGGCAUUUUGUCUGCAUUGCAUGUCAGUGUUGCUUGGGGACAAGCAACGCUUUGACGGGACGGUAAUGUAACAUCCGGCCAAUGUUAGAGAUCGCACAUACAAGUACUAGUGAGUACGUAUUUGAAUUUGUAAUGGUGGUGGGCCGUACCGGGCCGUAGUGGGCUAUACCCAUGCCAUUAGUAUAAGUAUGUUGUAAGACUUGAGGAAGGGGCAUCCAAGAAAUAAAACCAAAACGAAUCAACCUUCCGGUUGUUAUCGUAUUCCGGCGAUCACCUGAGAUUGCUCAUCUGCUCACGUCGGUGACGCCGCGCCGGCCAAGGGCCGUGACAGGGGACGGUGGCGGCCACGGUCCUGGAGCGACUCGGUGACGGGAUCUGGAAGUUGGCACAGAGGAGCGAGGAAAGGCCGAGCCCGAGAAGCAUCGUCGAGGACACGACUGGCAUGUGGUGGUCUUUUUGGUCGGCGGCGUCGUGGGCAGCUGGUUGUUGCCGUCGAAGCUCGGAAGAUGCCUCGAUUCGUCGAAAGGUUCAUCAGCUUGUUCCCAUUUCUUUUCAGCAUGCAUAGAUCUGUGACAUAGUUUGUUUCGGUUGCUUGAAUCCAAUGGCUAUGCUGCUGCCAUGAAUAUUUAGGAGUCCCUGGUUUAGGAUUUGUUGUCUAAAUCUGACAAACUGUAUUCCUGUUUAUCCACCAGCGAUGGCCUUCAAACAAGUUGUAAAUAUAAAUUUGGGUUACAAAUUUGUCACUGAACUUAAAGAUUUGACAUGAUUGUAGGCGACUUUACAAGCAACACAUACUUUUGUAGAUUACAAUCGCUUGUGAAAUGCACAGAACAUUUUCAGGCUCAUGCACAUGAAGGUAGAAAGGUGCUCCUUUCUUGAAAUAACCAGGUCUAGUUGAUGACAUUCUUCUUUGGAUAACUGUUUUUUGCACAAGCUCCUUGUAUCUUUUGCAUAUCAUGGGAGUGUAUGGUCAGUUGUCUUUGUUCAUAAUCUGUUUCAGAGUUGAAAUCUAUGUCAGACUAAUAUUUUUCAGUUAGAUGCAGUUUAUUCCAGAGUAUCAUAGGAAACGAUGGAUAUGCAAUUGUUGUUUUUUUAGUUUGUUUCAGGUCAUUUCAGUUAGUUUUUUGUAGACUGCUUGAGAUUUUCUUAGUGGUAUAUUGUUUCUGUUGUUAGAUGUGUUGUUCCUCUGAUUUUUGUAACUAGAUUUUACAUUAUUUUACAGAAUUUUAGAAUUCUUUAGUGGUUACUUCUAUUUUAUUUUCAGGUUGCAAAGUGGACAUCCCCUAUUUCUAUAGUUUCAUGUUUCAUGCAUAUGAUGGUCAGACUUGUGUCCAAUAUAUUUUGCAAACCUGAAAUGUCAACUACAUUUUGGAGACAUCCGUCAAGAAUAGUAGAGCAUCCUGUUAGGUGUCUUCAGAAACUGGAAUGACACACUGCCCAUAGUUGUAGGAUACUUGGGGCUUGUGGUAGUAAUGGCAACUUUUAGAUGACUUAUUUUUUUUCAUACGAUGUCUAAAUACUUGCAGACACACUGUCCAUUGUUUGAGGUUUUAGAGAUGUUAGCAAAACAGUUUUUUCCUCAAUGAGUUGGGCUCUGUUUCGGACUCCUACUGUUCUGUUACCUCAAGUCUGUUAUGUGCUAGUUGUUUAAGUGCCUUUACUGAAUGUCGAGUUUAACUGCCUGAAAUCCUGCAGUUUCUAAAGAAAUUAGAAAACUGACCCCAUGCAUACUUUAGAAACUGUUGCAAAAAGUACAUAAAAGUAUAAAAUACACUUGCGAAACUGUUGUCCAAGCACUGUUGCAAAAAGUACAUAAAAGUUGCCUUGCGAAUUGCGAUCCAUGAGAUAUCGUUCGUUUCUUUCUUCAUCCUUCUGCAUUGUACUGAUUCAUUCUUGCCACAGAGAUUCUUCACCUUUUUCAAUGUUCUUAUAUCAAACAAAACCUAUAUGUACCCAUCCCUCUUCCCCACCGACACUCCAUCUCUCCCUGCAUCCACACUCCAUCCCUUGUCUCUCCCCACGUUUCUUCCCUCUGGCUCAUGGAGUCAUGGACACUUUAUCCUCAGACCUCAGCUGAGGCAGCUUCAGGCUUCAGCAGGUCUGCAGGUGUAUAUAUAUUCCUCUGCUCCGGGACUGGUGCACAGCAAAGCGUCUUCCAUUUCUCAGAAGAGUGUGUGACAACAGCGGCAACCGACAGACAUGUCUUCGCCGACAUCGCCUUGGUUUGCGGAUCUCUUCACAGAUGACAGGGUGAGGACCCUAUCGCACCAGGUCUCCACACUUGGGGACAGGGUGUGGGAACUGGAGCACAAAAUUACCCAGCUGAUGGGCGAGAAGGCCAAGCUGGAGAAGCAACUGGAGGAGGCAAAGGCGAUCUCAAGCCACAAGGAAGAGGUGGGGAGAAGCUUGAAGGCUGAAAAUGAUAAGCUUCAGUCGGAGGUUUUGGUUGCGGAGGAAAAGUGUAGCAAGUCUGCAGCGGAGGUUGAGAGGCUGACGAAGGAAUUAGGCGCGCUGGCGGAGGCAAAGGAGGCAGCUGCCAAGGAAUUCAACGACGAGAGAGAGAAAAUCACGCUAGAAUCGGAGGAUCUCAAGAUGAGGCUGGAGGAAAUGCUGGCCAUCAAGGAUUUGACAGAGAGCGAGAAUGACAAGCUUCGGUCCGAGGCUUUGAUCGCAGCUGAAAAGCAAAACAUGUCUGAAGCAGAGAUUGAGAGGCUCAAGAAGGAACUGAGUGGGUUGUUGGAGGCGAAGGAGGCGGCUGCCAAGGCUUUCGACGUACAAAAAGCAGAAAUCACCAAUGAAUUAGAGGAACUACAGAGGAAGCUGAAGGAAAUCGAAGCUAAUAAGGAUUUAGUGGAGGGAGAAAACAGUAAGCUUCAGUCUGAGAUUCUCACAGCACAGGAGAAAUAUAGACAGUCUGAAGCAGAGGUUAAGUGCAUUAAACAAGUAGUGUGUUCAGUGGUGGAGGCGAAGGAGGCAGCUGCAAGGGCAUCUGAAGCUGAGAAGGCAGAAAUCAUGGAGGAAAUGGACAACCUUAAGAGGACAAUCGAGGAGAUCAAGGCCAACAGGGAUUUGGUAGAGAGUCAGAACCAGGAGCUUCGGUCAAAGAUUUCGAGUGCAGAGCAAGAGCGUAGCCUAUUUGAAGGAGAGAUUAAGAGCGUCAGGAUGGAAUUGGGGGCAGUAGAGGAGGCCAAGCAGAUCCUUACGAGGGAGUUCGAUGCUGAGAAGGCAGAGAUCCUGAAGGAACUGGAUGACCUUGAGAAGAAGCUAGAGGAAUUGCAGACCAACAAGGGUUUGCUGGAGGCUGAAAACGACAAGCUUCAGCUGGAGGUUUUGACCGCACAGCACAAACAAAGCAUGUCCGAAGCAGAGGCUGAGAGCCUUAAGAUGGAACUGGGAGCAUUGGUGGAGGCAAAGGAGGCGGCUACAAAAGCAUUUGGUGCCGAGAAAGCAAAGACCACGAAGGAACUGGAGGAUCUUAAGAGGAAGGUGGAGGAAAUCCAAACCAAGAAGGAUCUGGUGGAGGGCGAAAAGGAUAAGCUCCGUUUGGAGAUUUUAAUAGCGGAGCAGAGGCAUGCCAUGGCUGAAUUAGAGGUUAAGCGCCUCAAGAUGGACUUGGCUGCAUCGGCAGAGGCGAGGGAGACAGUUGUGAGGUCAUGUGACGCUGAGAAGGCCAAGUUCAUGGCAGAAAUAGAGAACCUCAGGAGGAAGAUAGAGGAAAUCCACGCCAGCAAGGAAGCGGCCGAGAAAGCAGCGCGCAACAAAGAUGCAGAGGCUGACAGGCUGAAGGAUGAGCUGGCGAGGAUCCGGCUCUCUGUGUCACAGCUGCAAGCGUCCUGCGACGAACUUGAUGCCAAGCAGUCGCGCCUGAACGACGAGAAGAACUCUGUCCAGAAAGCACUAGUGUCCGAGAAGGUCGAAGGUAACAAGCUCAAGUUAAAAAUCGAGGAACUCGAGAAUCACAUUGCUGGCAAGGACGGUGAGAAAGGGAAACUGAAGGCGGCGUUGGAGGAAAAGAUGACUGAGAUCAAUGCUCUCAGCAAAGACAACGCGAUGCUACAUCGCACAAUUCUCGAGGCGCAAGAGAAGAAUAAAGGUAGCAUUUUAUCGUUCUUGUCACCGUGCGGCUCCAAGUAACUUGGUUGUAAUGUGUUGCAUUACUAAUGCAAUGGUGAAGGUACCAUGCAAUGAAAUAAAAAUUUCAGUUUGCUCUGUGACA